CUUGAAUACAUAGGGAUCCGGCUGAACGAUGAUUGCAUGUUGCAUGGGGAUGGUAGUGUCUGUUACUGAGCUUUUCUUUACAGCCUGGCUUGUAGCAGUAUUUUACUAUUUGUAGUCGAAUUUGCUGUUAAAUCAGUAAAUGGUUUUUGUUUUCUUGUGUAUCUAACGCCAUUGCAAAGUGGGCCUUAUAUUUAUUUGCUGGAAACACGAUAAAAGAUAAACUCUACAGUUGGCAAAAGAGAAAAAAAACCAAAUAAAAAGAGAGUCAAUCCAAACUGUAUUUUCAAGUUAUAAAGCGGUAAAACUCCAUGAUCACCGUCAUUUUAACGCUCCUUAAUUUCUUUUGAGAAAACGCUCCUAAAAUUUUAGUGAUUGAGAAAUUUGCAAAAACAAGAAAACCCCUUUUUUUAGGCAUUAAAUUUAUGACUGUUGUAUAAGAAAGGAAAAACAUUCUAAACAGGCAGCAAACAAAAAUUCUUUAUCUGAAGAAGAAGAGAAAAGGAAGGAAAGAUAAACAAAGGGUUUGUAAAGAGAGGGAAAUGGGGAGAGGGGAAGAGAGAGAGGAAGAGAAAGAAGGAUUAGUAAUGGCAAAUGACUUUUUCUGGUCAUAUACAGAUGAGCCUCAUGCUUCAAGGAGACGUCAGAUCCUCUCUCAGUACCCUCAAAUCAGAGAGCUCUUUGGCCCUGAUCCCUUGGCUUUCCUCAAGAUUAGUGUGGUUGUUUUUCUUCAGCUGUGGACCGCAACUACCCUGCAUGAUGCUGGCUGGCUGAAGAUAUUGGCAAUUGCCUACUUCUUUGGCUCUUUCCUCAACCACAACCUAUUCUUAGCCAUCCAUGAGCUCAGCCACAAUCUGGCCUUCUCCACUCCUGUCUACAAUCGUUGGCUUGGGAUUUUUGCUAACCUCCCUAUUGGUGUGCCCAUGUCUGUCACUUUCCAGAAGUAUCACCUUGAGCAUCAUCGUUUCCAAGGGGUAGAUGGCAUAGAUAUGGAUGUCCCAAGUUAUACUGAAGCCCAUCUUGUGACUAAUAUUGUCUCAAAAGCCAUAUGGGUCAUCUUCCAGCUCUUCUUCUACGCGCUCCGCCCUCUAUUUCUCAAACCAAAGCCCCCUGGUUAUUGGGAGUUCAUCAACUUGUUUAUUCAGAUUGCUCUUGAUGCCACCGUAGUUUAUUUUUGGAGCUCGAAAUCUUUUGCUUAUUUGAUCCUUUCUACAUUUGUUGGGGGUGGAAUGCACCCAAUGGCCGGCCAUUUCAUAUCUGAGCAUUAUGUAUUCAAGCCUGACCAAGAGACAUAUUCUUACUAUGGUCCCCUCAAUCUUUUGACAUGGAGCGUUGGCUAUCAUAAUGAGCACCAUGAUUUCCCAAGGAUUCCUGGAAACAAGCUUUACAAGGUGAAGGAGAUUGCACCAGAAUAUUAUGAGGGCUUAGAGUCAUAUAAAUCUUGGAGCCAGGUUAUUUACAUGUAUGUCAUGGAUCAAACCGUUGGGCCUUUCAGUCGAAUGAAGAGGAAGCUCUCAAGAAAAUCCGAAUAGGUGCUUCCCCAUUAGCUCUCGUUUCCUU